AUGAAUGGUAGCCCUACCAAUCUGUUUGAUCUCCCAAUUGAUGCGGGACGUCCCCUGAAAGUGGUAUGUAUCGGGGCGGGAUAUUCGGGUAUUCUGACAGCAAUUCGCUUUCCGCAACGAGUUCCUGAUCUGGAACUUGUUAUCUACGAGAAGAAUGCGGAUAUCGGAGGCACUUGGUACGAGAAUCGGUACCCUGGAAUAGCUUGUGACGUUCCAUCCCAUGUGUAUCAGUUGUCCUUCGCAAGCAAUCCUCGGUGGUCCCGUUUCUACGCCGGAGGCCAGGAGAUUCAAGAGUACCUGAAGGACGUUGCGUGGAAGUAUGACGUGGAAAAAUACGUUCGCUUCAAACAUCUCUUUCAAGGUGCCAAAUGGAACGAAGGGGAACAAAAGUGGUUCAUACAAGUGAAGGACCUUCGGACGGACGAGAUCAAAACUGAUGUGGCAGACAUUCUAUUGAAAGGUACCGGUCUUCUGAAUAAAUGGGACUGGCCCAAAAUCCCGGGACUGCAUGAAUUCAAAGGCCCGUACAUGCAUACAGCUGAUUGGGAUGACUCAUUCGACUGGUCUGGAAAAACAGUGGCACUUAUAGGUGCUGGGUCCAGUGGUAUUCAGAUUCUGCCACAAAUACAGCCUAAAUCAAAGCGCGUUCUUCAUUUUGUGAGAGGAAAAACCUGGAUCUCUCCUGUUGGCUUUUCAGCCGACGAGCCAGAUGAGAUUGUACACACAGAGGAAGAAAGGGCCAUGUUUGCAGAGAACCCUUCGAUCUACCACGAGUACCGUCGGAAGAUUGAGGCCGGCCUUAACCAUAGCCAACUGGUUACGUUCCUUGGUACGGACGUGCAAAAGCAAUUCUGGAAGCUGGCGCAUGACAAAAUGAAAGAGAAACUGAGGAAGAGACCCUGGAUCUUUGACUCGAUGUGCCCCGACUAUCCACCAGGAUGCCGACGACUAACACCAGGUCCUGGGUAUCUAGAAGCCCUGCUCGAGGAUAAUGUCGAUUUUCUAGCGAGUGGCAUUGAGCGAGUUACAGAGACUGGACUCUACGAUGACAACGGCCACUUCCACCAGGUCGAUGCAAUCAUAUAUGCCACUGGCUUCGACUACUCAUGGAAUGUCGAUUCGACGCCUAUCAUCGGACGAAAUGGUGUGAGCGUGCAAGAGAUGUGGACUCCCAGGCCUGAAGCAUAUCUUUCGCUUUGCGUGCCAAAUUUUCCCAACCUCUUUCUCUACCUUGGGCCUAAUGGUGGACCUGGUGGCGGUUCCUUCAUCGCGAUGCUUGAGGUUGUGGUAGAAUACAUCAUUCAGUGUGCUCGAAAGUUGCAGCGAGAGCAUAUAGCGUCUAUGGAAGUGAAAGAGCAAGCAUGCCGAGCAUUUUAUGAUCACGUCGACAAAUAUUUUGAAAAAACGAUUUACACGUAUAAGUGUCGAUCAUGGUUCAAACGAAACGAAGACGACGGUCGUAUUAUCGGUCUUUGGCCAGGGUCGGCCCUCCACGCCUCGGAAGCCCUUCGCCAUCCGAGGUUUGAAGACUUUCACUAUGUUCCCAUGCCCGACACGCGCGAAAAUUUCCUUUCCUGGUUGGGUAAUGGUCUUACUGUUGCCCAGGAAAGGAAUGAAAACACCACUACAUACCUUGAUGACGUUGACGUUCCCCCCUUGAUUAAUCGUGGACCACGACCGAUAACAGCCACAAAGGAGAAAGCGGCCCUCACUGAUAUUUCCGCGUCUGCUGCAAAUGGCUUGAAACGUGAGGAAAGAGUGGACGAUCUAUCAAAGAAUGUUGGGGAAAUGGUUUUGGAAGUUUCAGCCAUGCCGUCUUAG